CGUACACAGACCUACUGUUUCGGCACCAUGGAUACUGGAUAUACGACAGACGACGACGUCGAAAAAGAAAGGGACGCCCCUUGGUAUUCUCGUGUCUCGGCCGCGAUAGCAGCAAUGGCCCACCCCUUUGUUUCCCAGAAGGCACAAAAGGCCUACACCGGAACCUUAUUCAUGUUCGUAGCUGGCAUAUGUCUGGCUUUCGUGUCGGUUGUCGCAUAUGUGAUUUUUUAUUAUAGGCUCAUCCCUCAGGUUGGCCUGGAGCGUGUCAUACACUUGCAGUUUGGCGACGAUCACCCGUGGGGAACUGCGCGCCUGGACCAAGGAUUGGUUUCGCUCCAAUCCUACGAUGUGACUCUACAACUCGAGCUACCGCGAACUUCGUCGAAUAUAGCUGCGGGGAACUUCAUGCUCGACCUGCGCCUGUUUUCCUGUCCACCUAGGUCUGUUUCAUCGGGCAUAGAUACCUCUGCGCCUUCUAUUGCUCUGUCCCGUCGACCUGGUAUCCUCACGUACGCUUCGCCUUUGGUGGAUACGGCCAGCCGGAUUUCGUUUAUGCCACUCUAUCUGGUAGGAUGGAAACGUGAAGUGGAGAAGCUGGAGGUUCCCAUGAUGGAGCAAGUUCAGUUUGCGCGCGGGCCUCGCAAUUUGCCGGGAUGCGCGUGUUUGAAGAUCGAGAGCAAGGAAGAUAUGCAGUUCUAUUCGGCUAAAUUGCAAUUCCGCGCGAGGUUUACUGGCCUAAGGCGGCUUAUGUACAAUUGGAGACUGACAUCUUUUGUUGUCUUCACUGGCUUGUUCUGGCACACGUCCAUGCUGUGUAUGCUGAUCGUAUCUACUUUACUAUUUGCGUUGCCUGAUCAUGACAAUCUAUGGUAUGGUGAUUCGAUCAAGGAAGAGGAUCAAGAAGACCGCGAAGAGACACCGAUCAAGGAAGAACCCAAGGAUGAGAUACUCACGCCGCAGGACACAUCUUCGGAAUCUCCAAGUAAUGAGUCGGAGAAGGAGGUCAAGCGAGAGGACGAGUAUGGGGCAGAUGAAUGGAACAGCUGGACCAGUUCGCGGACUCGACACAACCGUCGAAUUUCAACCGGCCGGGGCGGAGGGCCAUCAAGGUCGUCUGGCGCUGGAACAGCGUUGGAGAGGGAGAGAGCGAUAGCGGCUGAACUCCAGCGACGGCGGAGUUACGCUCUCUGAGAUGAUCAAGUUUACUGUGUUUCUUAUCCCUAAUUGUGUUGGAUUUUUUUUUUCUUUGAAUUUCCUAAUAACUGGAAUAUUAGGCGUAAUGGGAUAUACCCAAGUGCAGGGAAGUACUAGAAUGAACGAAUCUUUUGAUCUAUUGUAUUGUCCGUCUCCCAUUGUAGUUUAAGGGUGGACCCCCAAGG